AUGCGCAUGUCGAUUAUGUUGUUGUUUGUUGCCUCCAAACCACGUGGACACACCUUCUGGCUUAGCAAGAUCAAGAAGAUGAAAAGAGCUUCCACUUUUCAAAGUUCUGACCGUUCAGCACCACCAGCAAAGAAGCAGCUGCUAGAGCAGACCCACCCAAAAGUAGUAUACUCUAUAAAUUCAGAUUACAGAAGUGCAAACUUCCAGGAAAAGCUAUCGUCAACUUGGAGAGAAAAUGGAUACUUCAAUGAUUUGGCCACUGGUGCACAGUUACUAUGUCGACCGUUUCAAUGUUGCGUACUUCCCAAGUUCAUUAAGACCCCUGUAGCCAUGGAGACGAGUCGUGAGGGGCUCCUUGAGGGACUCACGAGGGAACUGCUUAGACUAAAGUUUUACGAGAAAAACAACGACCUUUAUCAGUUUCAUCAGUCGAAUGAUCUGAAGAAGUUCACUGACUACCGAUGUAUAUCAGCCCUAAGGUGUCUUCUGAGAGAGCAGUGUCUUCCUUGGUUGAGACAAGUGACGGGUCUGCAGCUAACUGACACCAUUGACAUCACAUGCUCGAAGUAUGAGUAUACAGAUGUCCUGCUUUGCCAUGACGAUGAGUUGGAGGGACGGAGGAUUGCGUUCAUCCUCUACCUGGUCCCAGAGUGGAGCAAGGAGGACGGUGGUUCUUUAGACCUCUUUACUGUUGACGGCAAGGGCCAGCCCAGUUCCAUUUGUCAGAGUCUGAUUCCAGACUCUAACAACUUUAUCUUCUUUGAUGUUAACGCCGUCUCCUUUCAUCAGGUAUCGGAGGUACUGAGCACAAAGACUCGACUCUCGGUCAGUGGUUGGUUUCACGGCCCACCCCCUGUCAGAGCACCUCCAUAUAAGGACAUCGCGAGACCCCUUCAUCCUCCACUACCUAUGGGCCUGGAAGUGCUGAGUGACUGGAUCAACCCAGUGUACCUGGACAUUGGAGUGUAUGAGCAGAUACAGGGACAGUUCGAAGAGGAGUCACAAGUAGAGCUACCAGACUUCUUACUGGACAACAAGUAUCAGCAGAUCUGUGAAGAUAUGAAAGAAUGUAAGGUGACUGUGGUUGGCCCUGCAAAUAAAAGACGUGUUCAUCGGUUGAGCCCUGAGGACGCACUGGGCCAGCUGCUCCGAGUGCUCACCUCCCAGCCGUUCUGUCUCCUCCUCUCACACCUCACCGGGCUGGAUCUGGCGGAGAAUGUCAUUAGAGACUCUGCUGACUCAGCUGUUGUUGAUGAUGAAGGAUUAUCAGCUUCACCCACCUCUCGGGACGGCUCAGUUGGUCCCUCCAUGUUAGAGGUUAAUAAAAUAAAUGGAGAACAAAGCUUUGAAAAUGAUGAAGAUGGCGGGGUUAAAGACGUUGGUGAACCGAGUGUUAAGUGCACAACAACAAACUCUGUACAAAGUGAAAACUUAGUGCAAAAUGCGGUUGCCCUGUGUCAUUGUGAUGUGUACCGCUGGUGUCAUGGUGACUACACUCUGGCAGGGGAUGAGGGGACCGGGAGAUUUGUACUGGACGCACAACUACAUUGUUGCUCAGACGAUUGGUCACCUGACUAUGGAGGUGUGGUCUCUUAUAUUGCUAAGGAUGCUGACGAGGAGCUGCUGUCAAUAGUCCCUCGUCCCAAUGCCCUCUCCCUGGUCUACAAAGAGCCAGACACUCUCUCAUUCACAAAGUAUGUCAACCACCGGGCCUCGGAGGGGGUGUGGCUUAACACCAUACAAGCAACCUAUGUAGAGAAUACUGACUCUAACUCUUAAAGUGUUUCAUAAAUUAAUUGAAUAUUUUGUUACUAUACGAGAAAGUAUUAUGUGAUCCA